AUGGGAGAUACGCAAUUGAAGCUGAAAAUUAAUUUGAUUGGCCAGCAGUCAGUUGUGAGGAAAUGCCUAUUCAAUUCAAUACCCGAAUAUGAUUAUCUCAAGAGAGUUAUUCGGAAUCUAUUCGAAAUCGACAGCAAUGUGGAUAUCGACAUUUUCGACGUUAAAUUGUCUGUUGUCGAUAAAAUUGGUUACCCCACUUUCAAAACGAUCGACGAGUCUAUCUGGAACUUAAUCAAGAAUGACCUCGUAAACCAGAAAUCUGAAAUGAAAUGCAAUCUCAUUAUACAAUACUUGCACUACGCUACGAUACCACAGCAGCAGGUGCAGCAGCAGCCACAACCACAACAACCACAACAACCACAGCCACCACCUGCUCAGCCUCAACAACAACCACCACAACCACAACAGCCUCUCGACAGGAGAAACUCAAAGAAGCUCAAGAAGAAUCAAAAAAACAGAGAAAGCAAUCGUUUCUCCUUCCUAAAUGUCUUAACUGCUGCAAAGGAGGCUCCGAGAUCGGCAUCAAUUGAUAAUCUCAAGCAAUACGACAUCAAUCACAAUCCAGUUGAGCAAAUUAGACAGUCUGAGAGUCUUAUUCCGCCUUCUCAGCAGUUCCUCAGACCUCCUUCACCCUCACUUCCUCCGCAACCUCAACAAAUCCCUUCACAUCAAUCUUUACCUCAAUUAAACUCUCAGUAUUCAAACUCUUACCUCGGGCCUGAUGUCAGCCAGCAACCGCUGACUCCUGCACCCCCUCUGCCCUCAAAAUCUCCCUCCGCUCCCUGGUACACAAACCUUGACGCUCGUUUGGAAACAAAAAAUGAACUCAAGUCUCUUAUGGAGGGCUUUCUAUCAAAACUCACCGGUACUAUGAAUUCUUUCGAUCAAGACGCUCACUUGGAUGGUCUUGCCACCUUGGCAAAGUCUCAGACAGCUUUGGCUGUUCAUGAAGCAGUUUGCGAUGGCUGUGCUAAUCGUAUUCAAGGCGUAAGAAUCAAGUGCACUACUUGCAGGGACUACGAUUUGUGCGUUGGCUGUUUCUCCGUUGGCACACACGAACAUGACACCUUCCAUCGCAUACGCGAUCCUUCACAACCACUACCUGCUGUCCCAAAGGCAACUGAUACAACAAAAACUCCUGUCCUCUCUUCAAUACCAAGCCUGCACUCUUCAAACACAAAGCAAAACGUUCAGCACUCUGCUAGUUGUGACAUGUGCAAGUCUAACAUAGUAGGUACUCGUCAUAAAUGCACUAUAUGUCCUGAUUACGACGUCUGCGAUAACUGCUUUGACCGUACACGCCUAGAGCAUCCACUACACGAGUUUGCAGAUCUCACAGAUCCAAAGCUGAUCAGAGUACCUGAGGAGUUGCAGACAGUACACCCAGGCGUUGUCUGCGAUGGUUGUCAGAAUGAUGUUGUUGGAUACAGGUUCAAGUGCAGCCACGCCGAAUGUUUCGAUCUCGAUCUAUGCGGUAACUGUGAAUCCCAUCCAAUUGCGAAACACGACAAAUCGCAUAUCAUGCUGAAAAUAAGACACCCAGUUAUGCAACCUGAGGCUUUGAAUCAAGCUUUUGCCGGUGGUAUUAAUCAAGAGUCGCUACCUUACGUCGAUCAGCCACAUCACACCAAUGUCGAAAGGCAGAAGUCUGCAACAAAUUUGACGACGAUCAGUGAACGCUCCUUUGAAACUUCGAAACUUGAUAUGCACGGAACGCCUGAGUUUAAUGUGCCUCCUUUGCAUGAAGCAAUCAAUCAAAAUGACGUUACAAGCUACAUAAAAGCUAAUCACGACAAUCCAAAGUCGAGGAUAAUCGAGAACUUUAACGGCGGUGAAGAGAAAGAGAAAGAUUCAAUUCUCAAGAUGGCAGGUGGUACUCAGUUUAGUCAUAUCUUUGAAUUCAAUGGGUCGUCCAAGAUAUCAGCAUCAAAUCUAUCGAGGCUGACACCACAAGCAAUAUUUGGAAACAGCCUAACGAUAUCCCAACCAAACCAUCAUCUUAUAAGGGUUGAUGGCUUCCGCGCACCUGAAGAAAGAGGAAUUCACUCAGAGACAUGGUCAUACAUUGAUAACAUGAUUGAAAAGACAUUCAAGCUGGUGUUGUUUGUGGAAGAUCUCAUCAACGCGUCUGGAGAUACAUUGCCAAGCUCAGCGUUGAUGAUACCAGCAAAAGCCCAAUCUUCGCAAGGAGCAAGUGAAUUUAAGGAUUAUGAAACAGAAUUUGGCACAGAAUCUGCUAAUGCUGCAGAUGACUAUGAUUUUGAACUGGCUAAGAGGAAUGCUUGA